CAGGAAUGCAAUUAGGAGCUGAUGACAGAUGCUUGCACCAGAAAUUUGCUGCAGUGUCAGAGAUUUCUUACUAACGGUAACUCAGGUUCUAAACAUGUGUUUCCAGUUUUGAGAUUGUAAUUAACACUGCAAGGAGGGAAAAAUGCUACAGUGCAUGUUAGCAUGAACACCAGAAUCUGGGUUUCAAGCUAAAUUCCUACGAUGUAUUUUAACCGAUUUACUUAAGCAAACAGCAUGCCUGGAUGGGGGGGACUGCUACAUUACUGCAGAGAUUUGUGAAGAUCCAGUUGACAGCCAUUUUUUCAUCCUCUAUAAAUGAACACAUUAUUCCAAACAUAAUAUAGGCUUGAAAUCACUAAAAACAAGAAGCAGACAUUGUAUAACGUUUGGAAGAGACUUGCGUUUUCGGAAGAAAGCCCUCAUUUGAGCUGGAGGGGGAAAGGGAGAUGAAAAAAACAAGUCUCAUUCUGCCAGACAACAUGACAGGCUGAAGGGAUGCUUUGUGAAGUCUCUCUUGAACAAUUCUAAAAAGGACCAUGCCACAAAGGGGGUUAUUGAUAUUUUUACUUAAUUUCUCCUGCAAGUGGCCAUUGCCAAGACAACCCUUAUACAGAGAAAAAAUGUAUUACAUGGAUUUAAAGGGUGUCAUUUUGGUAUAUUUAUUUCCAGGCAACAAUGGAAUACCAGAUAUUGAAUGCAUCUACCUGUCUGCUGGUCCUUCUGGUUUUCAUACCCACUGGUUUGGGUAUCUGUCCUUCUAGCUGUAAGUGCUCAGGAAACGACAGGAAUGUGGACUGUUCAGGCAGAAACUUAACUGUACUGCCCCAGGGACUUCAAGACAACCUCACAUAUUUAAAUCUGUCCUUUAACCAGUUUGUAGAUCUCGAUCAUCAGCUAACGAGGUUCACCAAUCUGAGGACUCUUGAUAUUUCAAAUAAUUGGCUCAAGAACGUUCCUGCUCAUCUGCCAAAGUCUUUAUGGGAAUUAUAUGCCACAAACAACAACAUUAAAGUUCUUCAGAAACUUGAUACAGCUUACCAGUGGAAUCUUAGAGUGCUGGAUGUUUCCAGGAAUAUGGUGGAAAGAGCUGUCCUGAUCAACAACACACUGAGCAGUCUCAAGUUUCUCAAUCUCAGCAGCAACAAACUUUGGACAGUUCCAACCAAUAUGCCCUACAACAUAGAGACAGUGGAUCUAUCCAAUAACUUCUUGUCCCAGAUACUCCCAGGAACACUGGUGAGACUGCAACACCUCACAAGCCUCUACCUGCACAACAACAAGUUCUCAUAUAUUCCUGACAAAGCUUUUGACCAGCUGUCCCAGCUGCAGGUAAUCACUCUGUACAACAACCCCUGGUCCUGCGGCGAUAACCAAAUCAUCCCUUACGUGCUGCACUGGGUGCAGGGCACAGCUGCCCGGGUGCUGGGGGCUCCCUGUGCUGAGCAGCCCUGGCCCUGGGCCACCACCACGCCAGCCCCAGCCCCAGCCCUGCCCACGGGCCUGGACUCCAGCCCCAUGAUCAAAGGCACCAAGGCAGCGGACAGGGAGGCCUCUGAGCCCACCCAAGUGACCAAAAGGCACAAACAGUUGAAAGCCAAGGAGGUCCCUCCCUGGGGCACUCAGCUGCACGGCCCCGACGGCCCCCAGGAGGCUGCGGCCACCCGCACCGUGCUGCUGCAGGGCUCCUCCCAGGGCAACGCCAGCCUGGCCCCUGCCACGGGAUCCUCCACCACCCCCAUGACUUUGAGCAUCACCAGUGGGAUGCCCACAAACUACCCCAGGAGGCCUCACAGCACAACGGGCAGCUCGAGGCAGGAGGAGCCCACGGCGAGCGUCCCGUCCCGCGCCGGCCGCUGGCGCGCGGGGCUGCUCUGCCUGGCCCUGCUGCCCUCUGCCCUGGCCCUGCUGCCCUCUGCCCUGGCCCUGGCCAUGCACUGAGGGCACCCUGGAAUCACUGGGGUUAUUCUGUGACAGCAGCUGCAGUGAACACCCCCAGCUGAAAUAAUGAAAGGAAGAAACUCCGAGUCCUGACUCUGAUCUAAAGGAAGUAACGGUUCCUAAAGACGUGCACACUAAUGUCUUGGUACUAAGCUGCUACUUAUUUUCAUAUGUCUUAAUUGAGUACAACUAAUCUGUUAUUUUGUUUAUAAAAAUGUGCUUAUUUUGUAUUUAAAUUUUUCAUUUUACUUGCACAGAAUAAACACAUCAGAAUUUUAAGUACUGAUUUUAUGUAUGAUUUUGUCAUUGAACAACUGGAAAAAACAGAAGGCCUGUAUCAUAUCUGCAUUGUCUUGCUUGACUUGCCAGUGAGCAAUUCCUGUAAUAUAGCAGCACAGAUUCUUUGUAAGUUAUGAUGACAUGCAAAAGAAAGGGAAAAAAUAAAGGAACUAAACUGUUUCACUAAUCAGAAAUUAUUCCUGAGCAAAAUCGCUAGCAUGUAUAUCUAUGUUUGCUUCAUAUGUAUUAGAGUAUUUUAAAUAUGAAGAAGAACAGUUUUGAAUUUAGGAAUUAAAUAUGACAAUGCCAUGAUAUCUGCUAAGAGGGUGUAAACUGAGAUGGCAACACGGUCCAGCUUCAGCAUGGGACAGUGGUAGGGGCCAGUAUCCUUCUGCUCUGGCUUGACUUAGAGGCUGCAGGCAAGUUAUUGCUCUCUCCAUAUUAAAAAAAAAAAAAAAAAGAAAAAAAAAGAAGAAAAAUAAAAAGAUAAAAGUAGAGAAAAAUGCCAGAUGUUCAAUGCCAUGACACUGUCAAACACCAAGGAGCUAUCUACCCAAAUUAAUGACCUGGAACUCCUUGACUUUAUGUCAAGUGACAUCCUGAAAUGUUAAUAUGUUCUGCCUAAAAUACCACAAAUUAGCCAGAACAUAGCAAACUACUAUCAGUAAAAUGAAAUAUCAGCUGAUUUCUAACACAAGUCAUGUAACAAAUCAAUUAAGCAGUUAGCUGGUGAUCUGUCAUCGAAGCAAUCCUGCCUCUUGUGACUUCAAAGAGAAAGAACCCAGUCCAUGGCACUGAACAAGCCAAACCCUGCUUCCAAGGGCGAGCAUGGAUGCUCUUCUCCACAUCAGCCAGUAGAAAUAGCUGCACGCAUGGUUCUGUCCACUCUAGGAAAAUUAUUUAAAUUAUGGCAAAGGUACUUGAUAUACUACAGAUGAAGUUUUGCAAACAGCAUGAAAUGAAAACUGAAGAACAAGUUAAUUGAAAAAGUAUUAUCCACUUAAUACUGCAGAUCUUAUACAAUGUUUUCCAUUCAUUCCAGGCCAUUUAAUUUCCAGUUAUUGUAGCAUGAAGGUGCUGCAAAACCCAGAAAACCUCACAACAGAGACUGGAGUCCUCUACCUGUUUCUCCUAAGGUGUCAAUGGGGGCUGUAGAUCAUUUACAACCACUGGUAUCAGAGAAAUGACAACUUUCCAAUUGUGAACAGUAUUUCUACAACCGGAAACGUGUUUUAAUUUCUAACAGUAAAUGUUACACAAAGGAUUUGUACAGUUAUUUCAUUGGCAUUUAAGUAAAAAUAAAGUUAUGUUUGUAUUGAACUGAACUAGUGACCGUGCUUCUUUUCUAACAAGCACAGUAAUAUGAACAAAGAGAUAACAUUGUAUUAUACAAACCUGUUUAAAGCAGACAUUUGGCUCCAUUGUCAUGUCUUGUGGGGGGGAAAUUAUGGUUAUAUUAAAUUGCAUUAUUUAGAUACUGAUGAUUCUCUAAUUUUGUUCAGCAAUAAGCUGAUGAGAUGAUUGCAGCAUUGGGAUAUCCCUCCCCUUCCUACCCUUCAGAACUUAGAAACACUGAAGCAGUUCCUGUGUUUGCUGAGUGCAGACUGACUGUAGCACAGCACCAAGCUAUUUCCCAUGCUCAGAACUCAGCAAUUCCCAAAACUGCCUCCCCACACAGAGGGAGCAACUGGGCUUGCAGGGCAGGACUCAUCACAAAAUGAGGUGCUGUGGCUAAACUGCUUGA